AUGGAAGGAGCAUGCGGCGGCAGAGGUGCACGGGGAGAGGCCCCGCGAGUUCCCCGCCUGACCCUCCUGACCCUUCUUCUCCUCUCCCUCCUUCUCUCCCUGUUCGAGUCGUCCGCUUCUGCUCCUGAGAUUCGAAUCGUCAGUGCCGAACGAAGGGUAAUGUGCACCGCCUUCUGCCUUCCGAUCCGUUCCAUUUUCUUCUCGAUCCGUCCUGCCACUUUUGAUUCUGACCGACUCGAGUAUGUAAUUUAUGCGAUCCCGUUUCUCGUGUCGGUCUGUAUGAUCUCUCGCUUCCUCGGCGAGUGUGUCGUUCUAAUUUUUUGUUUUCUCUGGGGAAAAUGGUGAGGGGCAGUGUUUAAAUCUGGGUCGGUCUCUUCUGGCCUUCAGAGACGUGGAGUAAGGUGGGAUUUUGACAUUGACGGAACCGUAAGUGAUUGGCCAUACGUCCAUGUGAUCCUAUUGGUCUACUUCGGUUAAAUGGACUUCAAUCCUCUGUGUUAGCAGUUUGCGUCAUGGGGGAUGUGAUCAUUACCCAGCAGCUGCCUCGACUCCUAAUCAAUCAGGGAAUGUGCCCAUUACCUGCGGUGACAGUCGUUAAUAGCGAAAUUAAGGUGUAAACCUGUAUUCUAAACUGAUUUUAAAUGGCAUCAUUUGUUCGUGUGGUUUUUUAACGACGUAUAGAAAUUCCAAAACUCAAACGCUGGCGUAAUCCACCUUAGUCAAUAGCUCUCCUUUCUCCUCUAGGACUGUGCUCCCUGUCUUAUGGCUACAUUUGUAAUACAAAAAAUAAAGUAGACAAAUGUCCAAGCACAAUAAUUUUGAGAUUUUUGAAUGAAGCAUGUCAUAUCGGGGCUUGUGAACAAUGAUUCUUGAGGCCAUGACAUAUUUACAAAACAGCUCAUCUAACAUAUCCGCGCUCUUUUUCUAAAUGCAGAUUGACUUGGCAUCUUCUAUUGUCAGAGCCUAUGUGACUUUAAAGGUAUACUCUCUCUCAAAUGCCUGCAUGCGUCAUAUUGCAUGAACAUAAAUGAUGAAAUGCUGCCUCCUACCCCCCAUACCCCCUUAUACUAAAAGACUGCAAGCAUAGAGAUACAUAUAUUACCUGCUGUUUUGAAUUUUUAUCCUUUUGCACGUUAUUCGUUUCAGGUAGAAAAUAUUGGAUCAUCUGAUGCUUUGGAAGUUGUUCUGGCAUUUUCCCCGACUCAAGCUAAAAGUAUAGCUCUAAUUCGAGCAUCUACACCCGAAGGGAAACGCAAAAAGAAGACCUACACCCCCCUUGCAGUAAAUCCCACUACUUUGCCUGAUACACCAGCUGAUGCACAGCUGUUCUCUAUUUCUCUGCUUAAUCCUUUAAAGACAGGAGAGACAACAGUGCUGGAAGUGCUUUUAAUCCAAACGCACUUUUUGGAGCCAUUCCCAGCAGAGAUCAGCCAAUCAGAGUCACAACUUGUCUAUUACCGUGAUACUGCAUUUAUGUUGUCACCAUAUCACAUCAAAGAACAAACUACCCACAUCAAAACGCCUAGCAAGAAGAUAGAAUCCUAUUCACGUGAAGAUCCUACUAAUCGUGUGGGUACAGAACUGAGAUAUGGACCUUAUGAUGACCGUCCGCCCUAUUCAUUUUCUCCUAUAAUUGUCCAUUUCGAGAAUAAUAAUCCAUUCGCAGUAGUAGAGGAACUUACUCGGGUAAUUGAAGUUUCCCACUGGGGCAGUCUUCAAGUUACAGAACAUUACAAGUUGGCUCACGCUGGUGCUCGACACAAAGGAGUCUUUUCCAGGUUAGUUAUCCAAUCCACCUCCGUUGUGAUGAUUGGAUGGGUACCACCUAUAAUUUGUUCAUAGUAUAUUAUUUUAAUAUUGCAUUCGUUUUUUUCAGGCUAGAAUAUCAAUCUAGAGCAGCAGUUAGUGGGGCCUCUUCAUUCAGGCAUCUCCUAGCCACACUGCCUCCUCGGGUUCAUUCUGUAUAUUAUCGAGAUGAAAUUGGAAAUGUCUCCACAUCACAUUUGCGCAGCGAUCAGCAUAAGGUGCGGAUAAUGCCUUCUUUUUAAGAAUAUUUUCCAUGACAUUGCUUCAGUUAACUUUAUAAGAAUGCUUUGUAAUAAAUUGAUGUUGAUCUGCUAUUCGAAAACACCACCCUGAAUCUUGUACGGAAUAAAACAAACAAUCUUUCAUCCGUCUAUGCAAGUAAAUAUGGAUUUUCCGUGGGAUUUCUGUGUAACAUUCUAGUCCAUCAUGAUACAUUGCCACAUUUGUUAUCUGUAUUUUGUCCUUUCAAUGGCAUUUCUCAUCUCCACUUUUGUAGCUCUUGUACCUUCUGUAAAUGGAUUAUGUUGUCGUUUUAAAGGGCAUUAUUCUCAAUGUAAAUGGACUUUUUCUUGAUUCGCAGUCUAUUAUACAUCGUCUGGCAGGAGCAUAUGCUAUGUUUUCGUCUGUGGUCACUCAUUUUCGUAUAAAUACCAAGUAGAAGUACUAGGGUUAGAUCAUUAAAAUUUGAGAGCUCUAUCAUCUGAUGGUCUUAAAGAAGGAAAGAAAAGAAAAAACCUUGCUUUAAUGGGUGAAAGCCUAAGUGCAGGGACGUAAGUGCAGCUCCAUAGCUUGAAGACCCUAAUCGAUUAUGUUCAUGUGUCUGUCCGAAUGUUAUUGGUUUGGGUAUCAUAUUUUUUAUAAAAAUAUAACCUUGCAGUAAUAAAGUAGAUAAAUUUAGGAUGGCAUGUAACACAAUUAUGUGUGGAUGAUGGAGAAGUAUCUCACCCAUGCAAGGUUCCUCUGAUUAUAUCAUAAAGUGGGAAGCGUGUUAAUCCCCCUUUGACUUCCAGAAGCUGUGGUAUGUUGGCUUAUGGUGGAAGUCCAUCAGGCCUCACAGCUAGGUGGAUCCGAUCUAUUAAAUGCAUUAAGGGUUGAAACUUCAUGUUUCUCGUCUAUGGGAAGGCCAAUAAUAACUUAGUUGCUCAAAGAGCCCCUGUCAAAGAGAUUGUUUUUCCCUUGUGAUAUCUAGUUUUCUUAAUAUCACAGUCAUAAUCUGGGGAAGAUGUGAUCCACAAUUUCUUCCUUCGCCUUCAAAUUUUUCGAUUACACUGUGAGAGUGUUGGAAUAGUUUUAGAGAUGCAUUUGUUUACAGAAGUGAGGUUAUGUGGGUUGACGCCAGCUCAUAACUGGAGUCUGAAAAUUGUACGGAUCUGCUCUCUGCGCAGAAUCAAGCCUCCACCUUUCGAUUGUAAAAGCCAAAAGGCCAUUCCCUAUUGGAACCUUUCUAAAUAAAUGACUGGUUGUGUGUGGGACUCCUGCUUGGAGGAUCUCUUUGAUUCGCCUCCUUACUCUGAAAUCGUGCGUUCCUGCAUUUUCUACUUGGAAAGCUAUAUUCUUUGGUUUUUCUCUGCAUUGUUAUGCUACUUCUCGCAUCCUGUCAAGAUCUAGAUUUUGACUCAUCUUCAGUGUAUAGGAUAUCACGUUCCCCAAUAGAGAGACUGAAAAACAGCGACGCACACUGAGAGAGAGAGAGAGAGAGAGAGAGAGAGAGAGAGAUUAUUGAGUGAAUAAAGGGCAUAACUCUGUUACGUUGAAGUCGUUCUUCUGUAAAAUCUGGAAAGUGACAAACUUGUGGUUACUGUGGUGAGUAAAGUAUGCUCUGAUUUUCUGUGUGUGAAGAAUUUUAAAAGAGAUGAACUUGAGUUUCGGGAGCUUUUUCUCUUGUUAAUUUUUAUAUCGAAGUAGCAUGGUAUCAGUUUUCUCUAGAGCUUUCAUGAAAUAGAAUGGAAAACUAAAUUGAAAGUUUUCUGUUUCUCAGGGAUCAGAAUCCUUUAAUCUGCGAUGAAUGUACUACUUUUAGUCCUCAAUAUUUCUAUUUUUAUAUUGCAUGUCAUUCAUUUCUGCAGUCAGAACUUGAAAUAGAACCACGCUAUCCAUUAUUCGGAGGGUGGAAAGCAUCCUUUGUCAUCGGCUAUGGACUGCCAUUGCAUGAUUUCCUCUUUGAGUCACCAGAUGGCAGGCGAUAUUUGAACUUCAGUUUCGGAUGCCCUUUAAUGGAAACAGUGGUCGACCACUUGACUGUUAAAGUAAGUUUUCUUUAUCCGUCUUUAAAAAAAAAAUCUAGUAUUUUUCUUUCCAUUUUCUGCUGUUAGCUCCAUUUUUUUUUUUACCUUCUUAUGUUCUUCUCGUCUGGGAGUAAAGUUAGAACAUUGUCUCAUUUAGCUACCGCAGUGAAAAUCCAAAAACCUAAACGUUCUAACAGGGUAUACUAGUUUUUUCUUUUUCGUUUUCAACCAAGGUUCUGAUGUCGAUUAGACAAUAUGCUUCAGAGAAUCCAUGGAAGACAGAUUAAAUCAGUAAUUACCAUCUUCAUGUUAUGGAUGUAUAUGUUGGCUUGGGUAAAUUAUUGUGAUCUGAAGGCCUGACACGGGCUCUUAACAUGAUAAAACGAGAACAAGAUGAAAAACUGUGCGCCUUUGUCCGGCAAGGUAUAGGAAACCGACUCCAAUGGUGUGUCAAUGGGAGCACAUUUAUUCUCUUUGCUUGUGUACGAUAUAGAUGGGCCAGUCAACAGACUUGCUGAUGCCAUUCCUUAAAAACGAGCGCAUUCCUGGUGGUUGGUAUGUGCAGCCAUCCCAGCCAUAAAUUCAAUUGAUUGUUGCUCAAAGCCGAAGCCCCCAACUAGACUCCACGAAGUAGUAAAAAUAGCUCCAAGUGUCCAUGAAUGCCACCUUGAGGCGAGCUGUCCGUGGAACUCACCUGGAAACUUCCCACAGCAGAUGAACAGGAUGCCAAUUUUUUCCUCUGUUUUUUGUUUUCCUUGAAGCCGUUUAAUGGCAUCGAAGACUACUGAAUCGUCCCCACCUGAUCAAGGGCAAGUGCGAUCCAUAGAAAUCCCAGUCUGAAUGGUCUUUACCGUGGUGAAGCCACAUCCGAGGCAUCGAUGAGUAGGUGGGUAAAAUAAAACAAGAACGCGGUGACCAUACGCGAUCAGCAGUCGGCGGGAAUGGUUCGUGCUCUGAUUGCCCAGUCAUUUUCUCUUCGUUUUCACUCCCCUGACGUCUCCAGUUCUGCUUUGGCCCAUCAUCUGAUUGCGUCAACUGGGGUUGUAGCUUUCUUUCUGCUCGGUGAAUAUUCGUAGCGGAGAUGUUUGAUAUGUAUUCAGAGACCAUUGGCAAUGGACUGAUGCUUCGUUUAUUCGCAGGUAGUGCUUCCGGAGGGAUCCAAGAAUCCAUCAGCGUCCGUCCCUUUUCCUGUGAAGCAAAAACUCGAGGUAUCUUCACGCCCGCCCCGCCCUCUCGUGCUUCUAACGUGAUUUUUCAUUUCAUUCUCGCGGGUGGUUGAAUUCCAUUGGGACGACGAUCUUUGUGUGCGUCUGGGACUCCAGCCCGUCGGUGAGCUUGCGGUGUCUUGUCGUAAGCAGUGCCCGGCCCACCUAUCGGCCCCGCCAUCUCUCGUUCACGCUCAUCAGCAUCUUGUGGUUGUUUAAUGUUCCAGACUAGCUUCUCGUAUCUGGAUGUUGUCGGGAGGCCGACGGUGGUCUUGGAGAAGGAAAACGCGGUGCCGGAGCACAAUAUCUUCUUCCAGGUAAGUUCCAUCUUGACUCUUGGAGUCGUCGUCGUCGUCGUCGUCGUUGAUCCGUUGUUCCCGCCCCUGUGCCGCAGGUAUCCUACGGCUUCAACCCUCUGUCGAUGCUCGCGGAGCCGCUCAUGUUAGUGGGGGCGUUCUUCCUCCUCUUCUUCUCCUGCGUCGCCUACCUGCACACCGACCUCUCCAUCCGCAAGUCCUGA